UGUUAUUCUUUAAUUUUUUUGUCAAAAAUUCCCUGAAUUUUUUAGUAGUGUAGUAUAAGUCAAAAUGAUCACAAUUAGACAUUUCAUAUGUGUUAUUGUUUACACAAAAUUUUCAAUUUCCUUAGACCCUUUAGAAUUGCACUGUAAUUUCUCAAAACAUUUGUUUAAUUAUUUCAAACAUAGUGAAAAAUAUUUAUAUAACUUUGAAAAUAACAUUUCUGAACUUGAAUUAAGAAAUUAUGGAACAGCAGUACAAUCUCAUGGUGAAAUUGUUAUGAUCAUGUUAGAUUCAUUACAAGAAAUGGACGAAGAGUAUAUCGCAUCGGAUAUAAUGACCAUAAAUUUAUACUUAAACAACGUUUCAGGAUCAAUAAAUAUGAUUGCUAAAGAUAAAAAUGGUGAGUUCAGUAGAUCUGAAAGCUCUCAGAAUUUACUUGAAGGCUAUAAAAUAAUUCAUCGUUCAAUUGUAGAACGAUUGGAAUAUUUUUUAAAUGGAAAUUGUUUAAAUAUAACAGUUCAAAAAUAUUUCAUAUCCCUGUCUAAUUUUAAAGAACCAUUCAAAUACAGCCCGAACGUAUUGCUUAAAGAACUCGAAAAACUCAAUAGUAGAAUAAUUAGUAGUAUGAAUGAAUAUUUGACUUUGAGAGAUAUGUUUGUGGGAACAGAUAAUAACAUAUUAAAAAAAUAUUGUAAGAUAAUAAAGCAUUUGGCGAAAUCUUUUGAAAGAAAAUCAUUCUAUUUUUUUAAUCCUAAAAAUGUCCUGUUUUAUGAUUUUAUGGAAAAUCGUUCUUGUUUUUCGGAGCUAGACCUUAUAUCAGGUUCCCAAUCAAGACAGUAUGUUAGAUAUAACAGUGAUAAUCAACUAAAUGAUGUUUUAGACAUGAUUCGAUAUGCCCCUUUGAAAAUAAAAAAUAACAAUAUAUAUGAAAUAAAGUUAUUAGAUAUAUUUCGUUUCAUCAAGUUCGAUUUUGAUUUGAAAAAUAUACUACUAUUUAAAAAAUUAUUAAAUACAGCAACGGUUCGUCCAAUUAUGGUAAUGGUACAUUUUUAUUUUGUAUUAGUUAGAAAAUACGUUUUAAAUUCUAAAUUUAAAAACGAUGAAUUAAAAUACGCGAUGAAAUAUAAAAUCAUUGAAAUGGGUCAAAAUAUUGUUGAAAUAAUAAAAUCCUUUAUGGAUAUGGAUUUAUUUGGAAAAUAUCUUACAAUUUACAUCUUGCGUAAUUUUAAUAAGACGUACGAACUUAUUUCAUUGUUCUCAAAUCACAAUGAUUUGUUUUCUACUAAAGAAAUGCAAUCAAUUUCGAAAUUUUUCAAAGAUUAUAUGAAAACACACUAUAUGAAAAUAAAUAGAUUAAGUAAAAGUAUUGAUCAAUUACAGAUAGAAAAUGUCAUAGAAAUCGAUAUUGAAGACUUUUUUGAUUUAGUGAUUGUGGAAAUAAAUAAAAUUACUUUAUUGGUUUCAGAAUUGAAAAAAUAUCAGUAUUGUUUUGUGGCUGCAAAUAAAUAUAUUCAUAUAGAAUUCAUAGAUAUGCAUACAUUUAAAAUUAUUUUCAAGCAUAAAAUACCAUUUGAACAAUUAGGAAAUUAUGAAGACAUAUAUCGACCACUAUAUUUUCCUGGUGUUAAUGCAACUAAAAUAAAGAGACAUAAUAGUGAUCAAUCAAGUGAUGAAAAUGAUGAGAUAAAUAAUGAUGACAAUGUUUUUGAUAAUGAAACUCAGUCAUAUUACACUCCAAUAUAUCUAGUUGAUUAUUUACUUUAUCAGUAAUUUUUUAAAUUUAUGUAUAUUAUAUAAAACAUAAUAUUUAUUAUAAACAAGUUAGAAAAAAUUUUAAUCAUGUAUUUUUUUAUAAUAUAUUCAUGAAAAUUAAUUAUUGAACCAAUAUA